UCAUCGAAAAACAUGGCCGCGUCCACGGAUGUUCCUGAAUCCGGCGCUCAAGGUUCAAGCCCUUCUAGUUUCAAUGUUGAUGAUGCCCAACAUUUCCAGUAUAGUAUGCUUCUGGAACAUCUUAUCGGCGAUAGGAGGCCGAUCAAAGAUCUUAAUCCAGCCGUCAUGGCGGGACUUCCAGUUCCUUAUAAAAGCGACGAGCAGAAGAUGAUCGAGCGAGCAAUGGAAAGCUGUACCUUUAAGGCAGCUCUAGCAUGUGUUGGAGGAUUCGUCCUUGGUGGAGCUUUUGGUGUGUUCACAGCGGGUAUCGACACCAACGUGGGCUUCGACCCCAAGGACCCCAUGAGAACUCCAACAGCACGCGAGGUCCUCAAAGACAUGGGCCAGAGAGGGAUGUCAUACGCCAAGAACUUCGCUAUGAUCGGUGCCAUGUUCUCAUGCACAGAAUGCGUCAUAGAAUCAUACAGGGGAAAGUCGGACUGGAAGAAUGCAAUCUACAGUGGCUGUGUCACCGGGGGAGUCAUAGGAUUCCGUGCCGGGCUGAAGGCAGGAGUGUUUGGGUGUGGAGGGUUCGCCGCCUUCUCUGCAGCCAUCGAGUAUUACCUGCGGUGAGACCGGGCUGGGACUUGGGACUCUAUGGGCCUUUUCAUUCUGCCCCAACGCCAUGAACCAGGAUGAAGAUGUGACUGUUUUUCUCACCUUGAACAAGUCUCGGCGUGGAUGAGGAAUGAUAUGCAGUAAGAGGAGGAUCAGACCGGAUCAAAGCUUGUCAUCACUUCAUGCAGAAUUCUGAUUGGACGAUUUUAUUUUUUUGUCAAAAGGUCUGUGUAUUAGUUUGCACACUGUGUGGUGCAAUGGUUGCCCUAUGGUGGUCCAGAGAGUAGGCGUGCAUCGUUUACCUGAUGUCUUUGAAAGUUGACCCCUUUGAUAUGUAUGUUAAUAAUAUAUAUGUGAAUGAAUCUGUUGGACCAUUUACACAAUUAAAAAUGACUAAACGAGCGGAUGAAAACUGUAAUGGUCUUACAUUUAGCCUGUAAUUAAUGUCUGUAAAAAAAUAGUUUGUUUUCCAGUAACAUAUUGGAAUUGUGGAUUUCAUAUGUGGAUAAAGUCGUUAGUUUAUCCCUGAUUUGCAAAUUUCAUUGUACAUCUUGAAUCUAUUAUACAUGUAUAAACAUAAACAUGUGUGAUGUUUGUAUUCGGUACACUACCCUGCCUAAUUCAUGCAACAAAUAUUUAACAUCCAAUGUGUUCACAGCUAGCUUUAUAAUAAGAUCAAUCAUACCUCAGAAAGCAGAUAAACCAUUGUUACAUGCCAUGUGUAAUUUAAAACCUCUUUCAAUGGAUUGUAUUUCAAUAACUUCAGAAUAUAGCUGGUCAGUAGAAUGGCCUAUGAACACUAGGGGGAGCUAUAGGCCUAGAUAGCACUGAAACGCCAUCAUAACAUUCUGUAGGCCUAAAAGGUGGGAGUAAAUUGUUCAAGUCAAUUGAUAAUUGCCAUGCUGAGAUUUGGGGGGCUGGGCUCGAUUCACUAUUUCAAUCAAAUUUGGACAUUCUAACAUACAACAAUUUACAUAAUUAUGUUAAGCAGUUUGGUAGUUGCUCAUAGUCAGUCUCAAGUAAGCUUGGGCCUCAGUUCAACACAGAGACAAGGUGACAGUGUUUUGGUACAUUUUAUUUUACUUAAAAAAAGGAAAGUUCACAUUGACAUUUAGCCUCAAUACAGUAUACU